AAUUAAGGGUUAAAAAGGCCAAAUCUCACCCAAAAUCGCAGCCAUCCAUUUUCUCUUUCUCUCUCUCUCGCUCGCAAUCUCCAGCUCUCGUUCGAGCUUCCAUUUCCUCAUCUCGAUCUUCUUCAUCUGCAAUCUCAAUCCAAUCUUUCACCACCAUGAGUGACCAUGGAGAGAAGACUUGUCCACUGUGUGCUGAGGAGAUGGAUCUGACUGAUCAGCAAUUGAAGCCUUGCAAAUGUGGCUAUCAGAUAUGUGUUUGGUGCUGGCAUCACAUAGUGGACAUGGCAGAGAAAGAUCAAAUAGAAGGGCGUUGUCCAGCUUGUCGCACUCCAUAUGACAAGGAAAAGAUUGUAGGGAUGACUGUUAAUUGUGACAGUCUGGCCUCUGCUGAAGGCAACAUGGAGCGCAAGAAGACUCAAAAGUCAAAAUCAAAACCUUCUGAAGGGAGAAAGCAACUCACCAGUGUGCGAGUCAUCCAAAGGAAUCUUGUUUACAUUGUCGGGUUGCCCCUUAAUCUAGCAGAUGAAGAUCUACUCCAUCAUAAAGAAUAUUUCGGUCAGUAUGGAAAAGUGCUAAAGGUUUCCAUGUCCCGAACAGCAUCUGGUGUCAUACAACAAUUCCCAAACAAUACAUGCAGUGUAUAUAUUACUUAUGCAAAAGAGGAAGAGGCUGUUCGCUGCAUUCAGGCUGUUCAUGGGUUUACCUUGGAUGGUAAACCACUGAAGGCAUGUUUUGGGACAACCAAGUAUUGUCAUGCAUGGCUGAGAAAUGUUGCAUGCAUCAAUCCUGAUUGUCUCUAUUUGCACGAGGUUGGUUCUCAAGAGGAUAGUUUCACAAAAGAUGAGAUCAUAUCAGCCUAUACAAGGAGCAGAGUUCAACAAAUCACUGGCACAACAAAUAUUCUGCAGCACCGUUCAGGGAGCAUGCUACCUCCACCACUGGAUGCUUAUUGCAGUGACAGUUCUUCUGCAAAACCAAUUGUAAAAGUUCCUUCAAGUAAUGCAGCAAGUGUUCCCAGGUAUUCUCCACCUAGUGGGAGUGGGAGCUCUAGCAGAUCCACUGCUCUUCCUGCUGCGGCGUCAUGGGGAACACAUAUUGCAAACCAGCAGUCUUUAGCAACUUCAGUUACCUCAAAUGGAUCUUCUGAUAUACAAAGAUCAACAUCAGUAAACGGAACCUUGCCCUUUUCUGCUGUUGUUGCAAAUGCAGCUCAUGGGCCUGUAUCCUCUAGUAACACUCUUAAAAGACCAUCGCGUAAAGAAGAAAGCCAAGUAGUUGUUGACAAAAGCAAACCUACCGUGAUGAAGCAUUUGCAGCAUAAUAUUGGGGUUGAUUCUGGGUCCAAGAGAACUACCUCACCUGAUAGAGAUUUUAAUAGCAAUCGGUUAUCCAGUUCAAUAGACUCUUCCCAUAAUGGCAGAGACAUUGACAAGCCUUCAGCUACUAUGAACUCGUUUGACGAUUUUAAUGAAGCUGUAGAAGAUAACCCUACUGUUAGCAACUUGUCGGUUGGUGUUUCAGGCAUGGGGAUAGCUACGAAUUCUAGGGAUGAACGUCCUGAUAUUCCAAUGGCGAUUGGUAGUCCGUGUGAUCAAGGUUCUAUUAGACAACCUGGUCAUGAAGUAUCAAAAUUGCCACAUUUAGAGCAAUCUAUAAACACUGAUACGAAAGCUAUCCCAUCAGAGAAUAGAGUCCCCUGCACAACGCCAGAGUGGGAUUGGAGAUCAGAUUUGCAGUCCCAGAUGCAAGUUGGCUCAAAAUUGAAAGUGGAGGAUAUAUCAUCAUUUGAUAGUCAACGGCAUCACCCUGAAGAGGAGAUUAUCCGCUCGCGGUUUCUGUCCGACUCUUCAAGUUCCAUUUUGGAUGCAAAUCAUUUGUCUUCUCGUUCUUCCCUGCCUUGUGAAUUUUCAGGUGUGAACGAAUCAGAUUCGAGGUUCUCUUUGGAUCUUAGAAUGAAUCUUCCAAAUGGAUUUGGUGAGAAAUCCAUGUCUAAUGCGGUGCACUCUCUGUUUGCUAAUGAAGGCAGUCACAAAGUUCGUAAUGCAGAUGACGAUAUAGUCUCAAACAUUUUGUCACUCGACUUCGAUCCAUGGGAUGAUUCCUUAACUUCACCCAACAAUUUGGCAGAGUUACUCGGUGAAGUUGAUCAGCGAUCUAGUACCCUUAAACCUUCUAACUUCCUAAAGCAACAUAACAGCCAGUCCAGAUUUUCUUUUGCGCGUUAUGAAGAGACUAAUAAUCAAGCAUUUGACAAUGAGAACCAUAGCAUUUAUGGGCAGGUGUCGAGAGAUCAGCCUAUUCAGGAGUCUGUAGUGAGCCAAGAUAUCUAUCGGGAUAAUCUCGGGAGUCUAAAUGGAUUUGCUUCAAAUUACUCUGGUGGAUUGGAAAACUUUGCUGCUAGUCCUUUAUUCUCGUCGUACAAGACUCCUGUUUCACGACCUCAAGUCUCUGCUCCUCCAGGAUUUUCUGCGCCCAGCAGGUUACCUCCUCCUGGCUUCUCUUCACAUGAAAGAAUGGGCCUAUCUUCAGAUACUGCACCAGGAACUCGUUUUCUAGACUCUGCCUCCUUGCUGAGGAAUGCAUAUCAAGUACCGCCUCCAGUUGGUAAUCCGAGUGGUGUAAGUGAUAUUGAGUUUGCGGAUCCUGCAAUUCUAGCUGUUGGAAGAGGGAUGAUAAAUGCAGACUUGGAUAAGAAGAGAUCAGGAUUCUCAUCACAAAUGAAUUCCUUUGAGAACGAAAUAGGACUCCGAAUGUUGAGACAGCAGUCUCUGUCCGCUUCACAACAACAAGUUAAUGGGUUUCAUAAUGAUGUCAGAAACUUAUCUCCUUCGCUUUCCGAUCCUUACGGAUUUAGUUCAAGGCUAAUGGAUCAUCAGACACAGGGAAGUAGCAUAUCUCCUUUCUCACAGCUCCCAAGACAACAACCAUCUGCAAAUUCAGUCUUGUCUAAUGGUCACUGGGAUAAGUGGAAUGAAGGCCAAAGUGUGAACUCUCUAGGCAUGGCCGAGCUUCUUAGGAAUGAACGGCUGGGAUUUAAUGGGAGCAUAUACAACAACGGUUAUGAAGAACCGAAAUUUCGGAUUCCAAGUCCCGGAGAUGUGUACAAUAGGACAUAUGGAAUGUGAUUCUGGCAUCAAGAGAUGUUUCUGCUUUGUUGGAUUUGCUCUUAUUGAUCCCAAGUGGUUGGAAGCAUUUUACUCCAAACUGCUUCCGCCGCUGCGCAUAGAGAAACCGUUUGUUAUAUCAAAGAUGCAGGGCCCAACAUAGACUCCUCAAGAGCACUUUUAAACUAAAAGGGAGCCAAAGAAGUUGAUGUUUGGGUGCCUUCGAUAGAUUUGUUUGGGAAUGCUGGCAAAUUGUGGAUGCAUGUAAACUGUCCAAGUCCAACGAUAACAGAGGUAGAAGUUGCGGUGGUGCCUCUGAUUUAUUCUUAUUCAAAUCGCAAAUAAACUUAGUUCUGAAAAAUAGUAUAGCUUUUUUAAAUUAUAAGCAAGUCAAGUUGUCAUAGCAAAAAAAGAUAAAGAAAGAAAGAAAAGGUUUACUGCAAGCAAUUGAUUUGUCUUUCCUUACU